AUGAUUGGAAUUUGUUUUCCAGCCUUCAGUUAGUUAUAGUGCAGUUAAGUUGGGUUUCAAACUCACUACCGGCACACUUCACAGUUCACAGACUUCUUGGUGUUGAAAUAAACAGUGAUAUGGAGCUGCAAACUUCCGUUGCACUAGUAAUUGGUGCCACAGGUAUGGCUGGGCUGAGCCUAGUGGAGGCCCUAAAGCAGCCCAAUUGUCUCGGAGGCCCAUGGAAAGUUUACGGCGCGGCUCGCCGGCCACCGCCGGAAUGGUUCCCUUCUUCCAUCGUCGACCAAUUCAUCACCUUCGACGCCGUUGACUCAGCCGACACACGUGCCAAGCUCUUCCCCAUUGCCCACGAGGUCACCCACCUCUUCUGGCUCACCUUUCAGUUUCUUGAAAACGAAGAAGCCAACAUCACCGUUAACAAAGCCAUGCUACUCAACGUUCUCAACGUUCUAAAAUCUUCACCGUCUUCCCGGCUCAACCACGUAACUGUCCAAACCGGCACCAAACACUACAUGGGUCCAAUUUCGGACCCGGUCCUGUCAACCCAACUCGUCUGCCACGAGCCACCAUUUCACGAGAACAUGCCACGACUUCCGUACCCGAAUUUCUACUAUUCGCUGGAGGAUGUCGUUGCGUCCCACGCGCCAUCUUUGACGUACUCAGUGCACCGCGCCUCCCUUAUAAUAGGCGGGUCUUCGAGGAGUUUGUAUAACGCGCUGAUGAUACUGACGACUUACGCCGCAAUUUGCCGCCACGUAGGACUGCCGUUUCGGUACCCGGGAACUAGGUACACGUGGGAACAUUUCUGUGACAUGACCGAUGUGAGAGUGUUGGCGCAGCAGCACGUGUGGGCUGCGGUUACCCCAAAGCCUAAGAACCAGGCCUUCAAUUGCACUAACGGUGACGUUUUUACUUGGAAGAGCGUGUGGAAGCUGCUGUGUGAAGUGUGCGACGUUGAGUUUGUGCCGUUCGAUGAGAGCCAAGAGUUUGAUUUGGUGGAGUUGAUGCGUGACAAGGGUAGGGUUUGGGACCAGAUUGUGGAGAAAUAUGGGCUUCACAAGACCAAAUUGGAGGAGAUUGCGGCCUAUGAAGCAGUCCAAACAGUGCUACAUUUUAAGUUUCAACAUGUAUCUAGUAUGAACAAGAGUAGGGAAUAUGGGUUUUUUGGGUAUUCUGAUACCUUUGAGAGUAUCAGGUUCUGGGUGGCGAAGCUGAGACAGAUGAAACUCAUACCCUCCUAUGAACACUGAACUGCAUAUUUUCUGGAUUGCAUAGUUCUUUUGCUAAAAAUAAAGGGACCUUUAAUAAAACAUAAGCGUCCGUUUGGUCAAAAAAAAAAAAAAACUCUGCUUCGUUUCUGUAUUAAAAUAUAAACAAAAUAAAGGAUGCUUAAAUUAGCACAUGGCAAAAUUUUCAUUCUUCGUUGGCCAAGUGGUGGCAGUUUCUGCUUUCCCACAACUUUGGGCUUUUCUAGCUUUUUAUCAGCACUUCUGUUUUUUUUUUUUUUAAUAUAAAUUAUCCAAGUCCCUCACUACCACCAAAUCUAGUUCAAGCCCCUUACUAU